CAACACCUUCUUUGCUCCAAUAUGAUCUGAAACAAAGAUCGAAAUGAUCUAUAAACAUCAGGCAGAUGACACAGAGCCCAGCAGAAGCCUCUUAUUGCCAACCUGAAGCCGCGCCACUCUCCUGAAAAUGGUCAUCGGCCUCCUCAUCCUCACCUCGAUUCCUACCGUGACAGGUGUGGCUCAAGCCAUCCAUGGCCAGAAGAAGCACAAGGAGCGUGAGAAGGAUGCAAGGCGCAUGCAAAAGUUCUACAUCGAUGUCUACUGUGAAGCCCAGAGCUCGCGGACACGUGAAAUCCACGAGAAAAGACUUGUUUUGAGAGAUGACUGCGUGUGGAUAGGGCCGCAUGAAGCUUUGAAUCCGUGUAAGGAAGGGUAUGUCGUGGAAGCGUUCUAUAUCGAAUAUCCCGACAACGAGAGAGUCCCCGUCCCCAUUGGUCUUGUCAGCCAAGUUCGAGAUGAUCCUCCUCUGUUGAACUGGAUAUAUGUGGACAAGAACACGAUGGAGUUGAAAUAUGGCAACAAAUCAGCCAGCAUCGAGCAUCAUGUUGGACCGUGGGAUUGGACAGAAGACGAAGAGGGUAUAACCUUUGAUGAAACCGAAGCGUUCGUGGCUGUCGAAGAUCCCGCAACACGACAGUGGCAAAUAUACUACGAUAUGGACAACGACGGACUCAGUCGUUUUGUGCCGAAAGGGAGACGGAAGUUCCAGAUCAGCCUGGAGCGGACUUUGAUACCAGGAGCGCAGGGAGGGAAGUAAUGAACGAUGCUUAUGUACUUGUAACUUCUAAUAAUCUGUAAUACAAACUUGGGUGGAUGA